AUGGCCAUCGCUGAAGCCCAUUUGGCUGCUCGAUUCAACAAGGAUGGCUUUCCUCUUUUUGACAACUACACCUAUGUCCUUGCGGGCGAUGGCUGCCUUAUGGCUGCUUGGCGAAUGCUUCGUACAUGCGAGUCGAUGAGCGUGGGUUGGCCCUCGUGGGUGGGAGGAGAUGGCCAUUUGCAUGAGUUGAACAGAGCAAGACUGAUUGCGUAUUCGUUUCUGAUCAUGCACGUUCAGUUCAUUUCAAAGGGUGUUGGGAGCGAGGGGCAGGUCGUUGGGGGCCAAACCAAGUGUGCUCAGGAAGGCGUAUGCUCAGAGGCUGCCUCCUUGGCUGGACAUUUGAAGUUGCACAAGCUCAUCGACAACAAGGUCACCAUCGAUGGAGGAACGAACCUGGCCUUCAGCGAAGACACGGCACAAAUCUUCGCUGCCAAGGGCUGGAACGUGCUCCAUAUCCCCAAUGGGGACUCCCACGACCCUGCAGUUUAUGAGAAAGCUGUGAACGAGGCCAAGGCGCAAACAGAAAAGCCCAGCAUCAUCAUCAUGCGCACCACCAUUGGCUGUGGGAGCGGCCCUGCAAUAGAAGGCAAGGCCAAAGCACACGGAGGCAAAUUCUCCAACAUCGAGGUGAGCUUGACAUACGCGGGCAUUUUGGACCCAUUUGCAUUUGUGUCCAUGUGUACAGGUUUGGCCUGGAACAAACGCAAGGCAUUUGGGAUUGGGCCCUGCUCCAUGGGGGUUCAAUCUGGAAAGUGA